UUCGGCCUUUAUAAUUAUUUCAUAUUUAUUUUGUAAAUAAAAUGUUUAAGCCAGUGCGCUCCCUUUUGGCGCAUUAUAUCUUUCCAAAUCGAACAAAAUGUUGCUUUUACAUUAAAUAUUCGGUACGCUCACUGCCCCAAAAUCGAGCAUUAAGUUACCUGGGUCAGCGUCAACAAGGCUGGAAAUCGGCGCUGAUGCUUUGGCUCAGCGGUCUGCGUUCCCGCUAUUGCAUGUGGAAAUUGAGGCGUCUGCUCGGCCGUGAGUUUGAUGAAUUUGACUUUUUGGUGGGUGCUAGACAGGCGGCCACCAUGAUGAUCGAGGCGGUGCAUCAGGCGAACUGGAGCCGCAUACGCGGCUGUUGCACAGAUCAGGGCGCCUGCGCCAUUUACGGGCUUACACAUAGCCAACGGAAGAUGCAAUAUACGAAACUGGUGCGGUUUGAGAGCCAGCAUCUGUGCCAAGUAGCGCCCGUUUCCGUGCAGCGGCAGUGCGAAGAUGGACGCAACUAUGUCUAUGCGGACAUUGUUUUUAUCGGAUUGCGUGAUAUGCGUGACUUUGCCACCUAUGGUGAGCAGCAGCAGAUGUUGCAGCAAAUUAAAGAGGUGCUGCAGCAAUCACAGAUACCAGAGCAAAUUGCACCAACACAUCGACGCGUUGUGUUGGGGCUGGUUGGUCGACUUUUAUAAGGUGUAUGGAUUCAAGCUGGUCAACUACAGUCCCGUAACUUUGCAGUAUCGUGUUAUUGAGUUCCUAAAACCAGUUUAAAAGCAAAGCCAAAAAUUGACUUCCAUAAAUGCUCACCUGCAGCCGCUAUCAAACUGUUCGCUCAGUUUAUCAAUUUGUCAAGCUCGCUACGUGCUCGCUUAACGAUCGUGUCAAGCAUCCAAAUUAACUAACAGAUAUCUCUCUAAUGUACACACGCGUCCGUUCAGCUGUGCACACCGAUGUUAACUGAAUGCAACAUACCAUAAACAGCUCUUUUUAUAAUUCUUGAACCUUUCCCCAAUAAGUGUAUAGUAUAUACAUACAUAUAUCAGUCGUCGCAAACAGUUCUUUGUCUAAAUUUUGACCAUACAAAUAGAAGGUACUUGUAAUUGCAUAUAUUAUACUAAAUUUAUAAUUUGACUUCAA